UCCAAAGCGUUUGACGGCCAUAUGUAAGUAUCAAUCGAAAAGAAUAUUUGUAGUUCGGGGUUGACAUUUGCAGCUCAUUUCAACCGCCGUGCUACAAAUAUUCUCCUUUAAUUGGUAAAAAAAGUCUGGCAAAUCCAGAUUAACUACAAGUCCGCAAAUCCACAAACUUCUGCCUUUUUGCUCCGGAUUAACCUCCUCAGGACUUGCUCAGGCUCCCUCUUAACCCGGGAGGCGACGGGCCAAAGACAAUAAUCGUAUCGGGGACCCCCCUCAGUUACGUCUCUUGGGGUCCCAAGUCGUCACCUUUUGUCUCCCCCAACGUCAAAAUGAAGCUUAAGGCCGUUGCCGGGGAGAUAAUGGGUAUAAAUGUCCCCGCCGCGCCGGGUUGAGGCAUCCGAUGUCUUUGAGGCGAGUGGGAGAGGAGUCGCUUCUCACAAGCUCGGAUAAACUUUUGCGUUUCUUUUGCGUUUCGUUUGGGUAUCUUGUCUAACGACAUGGAAAACUCGCGCCGAAGACCAUCUAAGGCCCCGGGCAACCUGGGCAGCGAACGUUUCCGUCGCAUGAAGAACCCGAGACCCGUGCAGCUCGAGCCUUUGGCUCGGCCACCGGGAAUCAGUCCGGCUAAGCCGGCCGUUAGCUCGCCGCGCCCCGAAGAUCAGCGGCCGCGGCAACCAGAGCGCCUUCCUCCGCUCCGGACUCGCUCUGGCGGCUCUCCUUUUAUAGGGGAGCUAAAUUUAGGCCCGCUCGGCCAGGCAGGAGCGAUAAUUGUACGUCCCCCGAGCGGCCCCCCCCCGAUCCGGAGACGCAUUUCCUCCGUUAGCGCCAUUGGCCUGCGCUCUUACUCGGCGCGUCUUAAAAGCUCUCCGCCGCCGGCCAGGCCUUCCACAGCGCUGGAGAGCACAGAUCGGGGCAACCCCGAGGCAGACAUGGCGUUGCCGGCCUCCAGCUUGCCUUCGUUCGCCUCUUUCCGCAAGGACAGCCGCCCGGCUUCCCAACAAUGGUCCUGCGGCUUGGAAGCUGCGAUGCCGCUCAGCCACUGCCCUUUGCCGGACCUGAGAUCGAGGAUGGAAGGCGUCGCCCCGAUCAGGGACGAAGAGCUGAGUACCGUGUUGGAUCUGGUCCUCUCCAUGGGCAGCAGCGACCACAGCCUCCUCUCGGACAUGCCUCGGGGAGAUUACGCCAGACCGGACGAUUAUUUCGGGAUCAAUUCGGCGGCUGGAUACUACAGUCCGUUAGAUACGCGCACGCCGACUCCCUACAGCCCCGUGUUAACUUCCGAAUCGGAACCCUCCGACCUGGAAGGAGGGAAUUACGCCCAGGGGAGUUUCUUCGUGGGCUUUGGUCCCUUCGUGGACAAUGUUAAAGUGGAGCCCGAAGUGAACACUUACGAGCCUCUGCCAGGCCUGGGGUCCCAGCUUUGCACCAACAUCAAGCAGGAGAAUACUCCAGCCCCCUGUAUGCUGUCUGGCUCUCCCCAGCUGCCUUGUGCAGAGACCCCCCCAAUGAGCCCCGACGACCUGCUGAUGGCCACCAAGCGUCAUGGACAGUUGAUGCCUCUCUCCCAGCAGGGCUACCACCCAGCCUUUCCACAGGCUCAGUACCCCCAGAGACCCUCCCCUUAUGGACUCUUUGACGAGAGCCUCCCCUGUCAGGCCUCGGCCACCAGGACCCUUCUCACCCCACCUGCCUCACCCCUGGAAAUGCUGGAAACCAAAACAAAGAGGGGACGCCGCUCUUCGUCCCGCAAACGGAGCGCCACACACACUUGCACUUAUGCUGGCUGUGGAAAAACCUACACCAAGAGCUCCCACCUGAAGGCACAUCUUCGAACUCACACAGGUGAGAAACCCUACCACUGCAACUGGGAAGGAUGCGGAUGGAAGUUUGCUCGCUCAGAUGAACUGACCCGUCAUUAUCGGAAACAUACCGGGCAUCGUCCGUUUGAGUGCCACCUGUGUGACCGGACCUUUUCCCGUUCUGACCACCUGGCAUUGCACAUGAAGAGACACAUGUAGCUUUCUCACGCCUGUGAUGUGACCUGAAGAACUCUGGGGAUGGGGGGAAAAUCUUGUAGCUGGUACUACUAUGUCUGUCUACACAGAGAAAAGACUUGGACUGAUCCCUGACCCGAGGAAGCCAGCCGUUCCAGUGCUUCCUGAAGAGGCCAAGAACCUGACUGACUCUUCUUCCGCCAUGGGAGAAUGGGACUUAUUUAUAGGAUGGAGAAGAGACCAAACUGGGUGACUGCAGCCCUGAGAUCCGAAGGCAUCUAUAUAGCACUUGGAAGAAGUGUCUGCCAUGAAUAACAUGUGGACGAGUACAUAUUCAGCCUCACAAUCAAAUUCCAAUUAGUCAAUCCAAUAAUUUUUACAAUUUGCUAUUUUAUGGCUGUGAAACCCCAAAAAAAGGCAGAUAAAAGUGUGAACGCUUUUAAACUGUGAUGCUGGAGGUGACUCUUAUGCAUUCCAUGCACACAAAAAAUAACAAAAAAAAAAGUCCUUGACCAACCCUCACCAAAAAUAUUACGUGAAGCCAAAAUCGAGGCUGUCAUAUUUUUUGGUCAUCAGAGCUGACUCACUCGAAAAAUCAAUUGUUCUGAGAGUGAUCAGCAGAAAAAGGAGAAGGGGGCUGCCCCAGCACCUGCUGGCUGGCUACUAUAAAAGAUGGCACUGAGAUGGCCAUGGCAGGCCUGAAGAAUGCAGUGCGAAACAAAGUGAUCCAUAGAUCACUUCCGGCCGAGGGUCAAAAAACAACUGAAUGGCUGAUGACAGAGAAAAGACAAAGGGCUGGCUAUAUGUAAAUAACUGACCAUGCCCCAAACAUAAGCUGUAUUUGAGGACUGUAAGAGGUUUACUGCAGCCUAAAAAAUACUUAUUUUCUGAGACAGGAGUUUCUCACUGAGAACAUGCCAAAUCUAUGCUGUACACGCAAAGUGUGCACUCGAGGUGCCUUAAACUAUUCUAGAACUACUGGGUUAUAGGUCCUGUAAAUAAACUUGUCUUUGGACCGGAAUUGUAUAAAUAUUGUAAAUAGUUCUAUACUGAAAUUGGACUAUAAACAGGAGAUAAAAUAGGGUUCCCCCCCCCCGCCUAUUCUUUUGUUUUAAAUAAAUGUUUUCUGAAAACUUGUUUAAAAAAGACUUUUCUAAAAUAAAGCAUUUGCAUUGA